AUGGGAUUUACGCAACGAAUUCUUAAUAUUAUCUCAAUCUUGAUUAUUAUGGAAUCAUAUUUAUGUCAAGAUGAAUCAUAUUCGAUCAUUGUAAAUGAUGAUAUUAAUACUAUCAAUAAAUUGCCGGCCAAUCUAACAUUAACUGUCGACGAUACUCGUAUAGAGGAUACAUUCAAUAGCAAUAGUUCAAUACAGGAAACGAUUAUUGAAAAUUCAUCAACACUUAAGACACGUAAGAAAUACGCCACCGAUGAAGAAGAUUAUACUUCAAUUGAGUCGAUUAUAUUUUCUAUCCGUACAAAUCAACAAACGUCAAAAGCAAUUACUGUUCUCAUUGGAUUUGCCUAUGAAAAUAUUAGCUAUGCAUUUCAUAUUGAAAAUGGUAAACUGAACAUUAUUUUUUCACAAGGUGAAUUAUCUUAUGUUACUUUAACCACAAAGAAUGAUACAGAAUUAAUUACUGAUGGGCAAUGGCAUCAGUUGAAUGUUGAACGGUCUAAUCAAAAGUUGACAUUUACUCUUGACAAUAUUGAACAAGCGAAUGUUGAAUUACCAGAUGGUUGGCUAGCGAAAAGAAAUGUUUUCAUUGGAGCAGAAUUAAUAACUGUACCCGAUGGUAAUUUUAGCGGUAAUAUUGGUGAUAUUAGUAUUACUAAUGCCGGUCGAUCUUUAAAUCUUCGUAUUGAAGAUAAUUCAGAUGAAAGCUUGGAAAAGUCUCAAGCAACAACAACAACAACAACAACAAUUGCAUCAGUUGUGAAUCAAUCUGAAUCUCUUCGAACACUAGGCUUUCAUCCGAAUGAUAAUAAUCCAAUUAUUGUUCCAUCGGCAAUUAGAGCUUUCUUUAAAAAUCUUUCGUUUUCAUUUCGAACCUAUUCAAACCUUAGUACAAUAAUUCAAUUCGAUGAAAUUAGUUUAAAUAUUGAUAUUGAUGGUUAUUUAGCAUUGUUCAUUCAAGAUCGACAAGUACAAAGAAUUUUCUCCGAUCAAGAAGGAACACCUAUCAAUGAUGGAAAAUUCUAUUAUGUAGAAUUACAAUUAAAUGAUCAAACUCUUGAAGCAUGGAUCGAUAAGAAUAAGAAAAUUUCUAUUGAACUUUCAUCAACAUUUUUAUUUAUUGAAAAAUUUCUGUUCGGCUUAAAUAAUCGAUUUAUCGGUUGCAUAGAAAACGUAACCUAUAAUAAUGAAAUUCUCAUAUUCACAGGUUUAUCGUCGAACCGGCAGCAGUGUUUUUCGAAUAAUAUUAUAAUUAAAUCCAUCGGUGAUUCUCAUAUUGAUCGGAUUGUUUCAUUUAGAGAUAACGAUCGUCCGCUCAUUGUUAUUCUGGACAAUCCAGAAGAAUUUCACAUGUUUUCAUUAUUAUUUUAUACACAAGAAGCGAAUAGUAUUAUUGGUUCAUUAGCUGAUGAAACCUAUGAAAAUUUUAUGAUAUUAACCGUUCAAAAUGAAUAUUUAUAUUUAACAUAUUACAAUAAGGGAGAAAAAAUAAUAGAAAUGACAACGAACCGUUCAGUCAACGAUAAAAAUGAACAUAAAAUAGUUAUUAAAUUGAUUCACCAAAACGAUCUGCUAUUUGAACUCGAUGGAAACAUUAUAAUGGAAAAUAUGACCGAAAUGUUUUAUAUUAGCACGGUUUACAUUGGAAAAUUAGAUAGUUAUAUUAAAGAACAAUUUUCCAAUGUCGACGGAGCACAUUUUAUUGGUUGCAUUGAAAAUGUCAUGUUAAAUAAACAAUCAAUAGUUAAACUUGAACAUGUUAAUCAAUUAGAUCGAUUAAUAAAUACUUGUCAAAUAACUGAACGUAAACGAACAAAGGCUAUUUCAUAUAUUUCACCCGAUAUAAGUUUUUCCGUGCGUGAUCCUCAGGAUAUAAUCGAAAUUCCAAUUCUACCCAAUGAAGAAUUUUAUCAUUGUCAAAUCUCGUUUCGAACUCCAUCAUACAAUGGUAUCAUAGCAUCAAUAUAUUCAAAUGUUGACCAUCGUGUUCUUAUUCUUUUUCUAAAAGAUGGAAACUUUCAUUUAACCUAUGAUUCAACCGAUAAUAAAAGCUCUCAAUUAAUUUUUCAUGACAAUGAAACAAUUAAUGAUGGACAACAACAUUAUAUUUUAAUCUCUCAUCAAAUUUCAACGAAAAAUCUAUCUAUACAAAUCGAUAAUCGUAGUAUAAUAAUAUCUAACCUUUCAUCGUUGUCGUUAUUUUUUGAUGUUAUAACUAUUGGCGGGUCAUAUCGUGUUAUGUCUAUUAAUCAAUUUGUUGGGUGUUUCGCCAAUAUAACAUAUAAUCAUCGUCCAUUAUUACUUGAAGACAUGGUGAAAUCUGAUCGUUAUGAUUGCAUUUAUGAGCAAGAUUUGAUAUGUGAUAGACAAAUGCCUUGCAUUAAUAUUCAACCUUUACAAUUCUGUGGUCAACCAGAUUGCUCAUUAGUCUGUAUGUCAUCAUCGUUAAUUAAUGCGGAUGAUAAUAAAGGUUCACUUCAAUAUUCUGCGCAUAUUGAAUCUGGAGUCUAUGAACAAAUUCAUUUGAUGAUAUUUACAAUAUCAUCUAAUGCAGUUUUAUUUACAUCAACGAAUGGUACUAUUCAAGUAUCAAUUAUUAUUCAAAAUUAUUAUCCAAGGUUAAUCAUUCGAAAUGGUGGAAUCAUUUAUACAUACGAUUUUCCUGGCCGUGUAAGAGGCGAUCAAUGGCACGUUCUGCAAUGUCAAAAAACCAUAAAUACAAUUGAUUUAACAUUCGAUGAUGAAACACGACAUUAUACAUAUUUUAUUGAAUAUUUUAGUUUAUUUGGUGAUAAAAAAAUCUACUUAUGCGGAAAAAACUUUAUUGGAUAUGUUCAAGAUAUUAUAUUUAUGGCAGAUAAUCAUCAUGAAAAUUUAAUACAUAACGCGAUACGCAAUCCGGAAUUAAUUGAUUAUGAUUAUAGUGUUACCUGGAAUAAUCGUGCAGAUGUACCUGAACGUAAGUUAUAUUGA